CUUUUAAUUGUAAUGUAUCACAAUUAGUUGCUUUUAUUUGUAAUUUUUUACAAUUAAUUUCUUAAGUUUAUGACUUCAAAUAUAACAAAAUAAAAAUCAUGAAAAACGUCGAAGCAGCUUAAAAUGUAUACCGCAGUCUCGACAUGACAGGUGUUUUCCAAAUCAACUGGUAAUGUCAAGUAUGCCUGGAAUUAAUAUGGAAUCAAUGGUUGCUGAUCAAGAUGUUUUUGAUGAAAGUGUUUCUGACAAUAAUUUUCAGUUUUCAGUUUACAAUUCUGUUUCUUUAAUUGACGAAUCCACUGGAGAAAUUUUACACUUUCCAGAUGGAAUUCCACUACAAAUUGUUUUAAAUUGUAAAGUGCCUGUUCAAUCAAGAACAAAAAGAAAACAAACUUCAAAGAACAAAAAUAAUUUAAAUGAGUUGAACAUUUCCAGUCAAUCAAAAACUGGUAUUUUAAAGCCAACUGCCAAUAUAUCUGGCAAUGAUUCUUCCACAAGCUACACAUCUUUCAAUACUCUAAAAAAUUUUAAUAACAAAAUGAGAGCUUCAACAUCAAAAGAUUUAAAUUCUGAUAUUAUUUACACAUCUGUGACAACUCCUCCUGAUAAAUGGCAGACCGAUGUACCAAAUGCUCGGAAAUCAACAUCAAGAGGUUUUUUAAUAACUGAUAGUAAUUCACUUCCAAAGCAAGCAGUACAAAACUGGAUGAAGAAGAAAAGAAGUGGUAAAGAACAGUCUCAAAAUAUCAUGUGUUUUCCAAAUCAACAGCUAACGCCAAAUAUGCCUAGUAGUGAUAUGGUAUCAAUGGUUCCUGAUCAAAUAGUUUUUGAUGAGAGUAGUUCUGACAACGAUUUUCAGUUUUCAAUUUACAAUUCUGUUUCUUUAAUUGAUGAAUCCACUGGAGAAAUUUUACACUUUCCAGAUGGAAUUCCACUAGAAAUUGUUUUAAAUUGUAAAAUGCCUGUUCAAUCAAGAACAAAAAGAAAACAAACUUUAAAGAACAAAAAAAGUUUAAAUAAGUUGAACAUUUCCAGUCAAUCAAAAACUGGUAUUUUGAAGCAAACUUCCAAUAUAUCUGACCUUUACAAAAAGAAGUCCUUCACAAGCACCACAUUUUGUAAUAUGCUAAAAAAAAAAUAUUUCAAAUGUGACAGUGAUAGAUGUAGAAAGAAGUUGAUUAUUAAUCAAAAAAAUACAACUUUGACUAAUCCUCCUGAAAUAAAGAAGAAAGAAAUUUGUAAAGAACAGUCUCAACAUAUCAUGUGUUUUCAAAAUCAACAGCAAUUGCAAAGUAUACCUGGAAUUGAUAUGAUACUAAUGGUUAGUGAUCAAAAAGUUUUUGAUGAGAGUGUUUCUGACAAUACUUUUCAGUUUUCAGUUUACAAUUCUGUUUCUUUAAUUGAAGAAUCCACCGGAGAAAUUUUACACUUUCCAAAUGGAAUUCCACAAGAAUUUAUUUUAAAUUGUAAUUUACCAGUUCAAUCAAGAAGAAAAAGAAAACAAACUUUAAAAUGCAAGAAAAGUUUAAAUGAGUUAAAUGUUUCCAGUCAAUUAAAAACUGCUACUUUGAAACAAACUCCUAAUAUAUCUGAUCUUAAUAACAAUAAGUCUUCCACAAGCUACACAUCUUUUUAUACACUAAAGAACUUAAAUAACAAAAAUAUAGCUUCAAUAUCAAAGGAUUUUAAUUCUGAAAUUGCAGCUGUGACCACUUCUCCUGAUAGAUGGCAGACUGAUGUACCAUGUGCUCAGAAAUCAACUUUAAGAAGUAUUUUAUUAACUGAGAAUAAUUCACACCCUGGCCAUGCAGUACCAAACUGUAUGAAGAAGAAAAGAAGUGGUAAAGAACAGUCUCAACAUAUCAUGUGUUUUCAAAAUCAACAGCAAUUGCAAAGUAUACCUGGAAUUGAUAUGAUACCAAUGGUUAGUGAUCAAAAAGUUUUUGAUGAGAGUGUUUCUGACAAUACUUUUCAGUUUUCAGUUUACAAUUCUGUUUCUUUAAUUGAAGAAUCCACCGGAGAAAUUUUACACUUUCCAAAUGGAAUUCCACAAGAAUUUAUUUUAAAUUGUAAUUUACCAGUUCAAUCAAGAAGAAAAAGAAAACAAACUUUACAAUGCAAAAAAAGUUUAAAUGAAUUAAAUGUUUCCAGUCAAUUAAAAACUGCUACUUUGAAACAAACUCCUAAUAUAUCUGGUCUUAAUAGCAAUAAGUCUUCCACAAGCUAUACAUCUUUUAAUACACUAAAGGAUUUUAAUAACAAAUAUAGAGCUUCAAUAUCAAAGGAUUUUAAUUCUGAAAUUGCAGCUGUGACCACUCCUCCUGAUAGAUGGCAGACUGAUGUACCAUGUGCUCAGAAAUCAACUUUAAGAAGUAUUUUAUUAACUGAGAAUAAUACUCUACCUGACCAUGCAGUACCAAACUGUAUGAAGAAGAAAAGUAGUGGUAAAAAGCAGUUUCAACAUAGCAUGUGUUUUACAAAUCAACUGCUAACACCAAGUAGUCCUGGUAUUAAUAAUGUAUCAAUGAUUCCUGUUCAAGAAGUUUUUGAUGACAGUAUUUCUGACAAUACUAAUCAGUUUUCAGUUUACAAUUCUGUUUCUUUAAUUGAUGAAUCCACUGGAGAAAUUAUACACUGUCCAGAUGGCAUUACACAAGAGAUUUUUUUUAAUCAUAAUUUACCAAUUCAAUCAAGGAUGAAAAGAAAGCAAACUUUGAUGCACAAUAAAAAUCUAAAUGAAUUAAACAUUUCAAUUCAACCAAAAACUGAUAUUUUAAAGCAAACUGGCAAUAUAUCUGAUUUUAUUAAAAUUGAAUCUUCCACAAGCAGCACAUCUUGUAACACUGCUAAAAGCUUAUUUACUAAUAAAAGUGAGACUUUAACAUCAAAGAAUUUUAAUUCUGAGAUUGUUGUGUUGUCAGACGAUUCAGAUUGUAUUGAAUUAUUAUCCGAAGAAGAUUCAGAGAAUUUAAGUUCUUUAAAAAACAAUGAUGAUGCAGAUCAUUUAAAAAGCUUUUCACAAAAGACCUCAUUUAAAAAAAGUAAUGUCUUUGAAGCUCAACAGGAAAUUCUGUUUGAAAAACAAAAGUUUAAUUGUGAAAUAAAUCUUGAUGUAUCAAAUUUAAUUCGUGGUAAGUUAGAUGGCUUAGAAAACUACACUGGAAUUUCUGAUUUCAAAUCUUCUAAAUUGCCUGAGUCUGUUUUAGGCUGUGGAAUGCUAUGUGAUGGGAAUACUAAUCAACUUGAUGUCCCCAAUGUUGAUGGGCAAAUUAUUAUUCAAAAUACAUCCAAACGAAUCAUUCCUGAAUCAUCAAAAGAAUGUCUCACAAAAACGUUUAUUGAAACAAAAUGCAAUAAAGCAGAACCUAUUGUAUUAAGUCCCAUUGAAGCUAUUGUAAAUGAUGCAUUAGUGUUAUGUAGUACAAUCGGAGAUAAAAAAACUAGCCUGGAAUACUUUGGUAUUAAAGAAAAUUUCAAUGAAAAUCCUGACACUUGCAAAUCACCUUCACAUCUUUCUUUUCAAAACAAUACUCUGAAUAUUUCAAAUGAGCUUUUAGAAACUUUCCCUGAAAAUGUAAAUAGUAACUCAACCAAACAUUUACUUAGCAACUCUAAUCUAGAUUUUGUUCUAUCUUUAAAUUUCACAAAUGAUCAUAAUACUUUAAGUAAAAGUUCUAAUAAAUGUCAAAUAAACAAUAUUGAAACAUUUUUUCAGAAAUCUCAGAAUAUAGAUAACUCAAGUUAUGACUACAAAACAAAUCAAGAAAGCAUUUUAAAUAAUAACAAAAAUUUUAACAGUAAUAAUGAUAGAAUAAAAACUGUAGUGGACAUAUCAACAUCUUACUGUGGCAGCCAAUUAAAUUCGGGAGAUGUCACUAAAAUUGAUAUGUUACCUGAUGUUAUCGAUAUCACAACAAACUGUUUAAAUAAAAAAUAUCAGGGUCAUUCUCUUAAAGAUCAAGUUUCAAAUAAUAAAUAUCAACAUUAUGAAGAUAACAUGGUAGAAUUUUCAGAAGAUAAAAUGACGAGCUUAAAUGGUCCAUUGAAUGUUGAUAAUAAAAGUACUCUUUUCAAUUAUUCAUUACAAAAUAUUAAUAAAUCUUCUCACUCAAAUGAUGAGCAAUCUACUCCUAUGGUUGUUGAGCAAAAUAUUGUAAAGUCUAGUUGCCAACUCUCAACUAAUAUUAAUUUAGAUAUAUUAAGCUCUGAUUCAAUCAAUUAUGAUCAAAUUGUUACAAAAUCUAGGUUUAUUUUAACAAAUAAUAAUAAUAAAAAAUUUAAAAAAAUUAAAACAACAACAGGGAAAAAAAAAUAUCAACAAGUUCUACUAAGAAACACCGCCAUUUUUCUUAAUGAAUUUGAAUCUAUAAAAUCAAUAGAAAGUGCAGAAGAUAUAUCAAAAAUUGAAAUAAAUAAACUAACAAAUAAAGAAUGCAAAAAUGAAUUAAUUGAUGAAUAUUCACAAUAUAAUGAACCAAUAGCUAAAGAAUGUCUUUACAAAAAUGAGGUUAUAAAUAAAAUUUGUUUGCAAAAUGAACUAAAGACCAAAGAGUUUACUCAAAAAAAUGAACCAAUCAAUGAAGAGUACAUCAAAAAUAUUGUUGAUAUUGCUUUUUUGGAAUCUAAACCUGAAAGCAGUAUAUUAGUUGAUACAGCAAGCACGUUUACUUACAAAUCUUCAUAUGAAAAUUUCAUCAGUUAUAAUUUUAAAAAGGAGCUUACACAAGUAGCUUGUUCUAAAAAUGAGUUUGGUUCAUCUCAAGACAAUUUCCUUCGGGGAUCCUCUUGGUCACCUGAUGGUCAGUUAAUUUUAACGAACAGUAAUGAUAAUCUGCUUCGUGUGUUUAAACUUCCAGAUGACAUCCUGGAGCAUAAUUUGAACCACUUAGACAUGAAACCUAUUGUUUGUAUAGUUGGAGGUGAAACAGUGUAUUCUACAUGUUGGUAUCCCUUUAUGAAUUUUGCUAAUCCACAUUCUUGUUUAUUUUUAGGCAGUAGUCGUGAUCAUCCUGUUCAUUUAUGGGAUGCUGUUACUGGUGAAGUUAGAUGUUCCUAUCGUGCUUUUGAUCAAAUGGAUGAACUAAUCAGUGCUUUAAGUGUGUCUUUUAAUAAAGAUGGUACCAAAAUAUAUUCUGGGUUUAACAACAAAGUGUGUAUAUUUGAAUCAUCAAGACCUGGUAGAGAUUGUAUUGAAAUUAGUACUGUAGGGAAAAAAGGUUCAAGAAAAAAAACUCGCAUGCAACAUGGAAUUGUAUCUUGUAUAAACUUCCCCAAACAAUAUAAUGGAUGUUAUGCACUUGGUUCAUUUUCAAAGACAGUUGGCUUAUAUGAUUGCAAUACAGAUGAAAACAUAUGUGUAAUGCAUGGUCAUAAAGGUGGAAUAACACAGGUGCAGUUUACAAAUGAUGGAUGUUAUUUGUUCAGUGGUGCCAGAAAGGACAAUGAAUUAUUUUGUUGGGAUAUGAGGAAUACAGUGGAGCCUGUUUUUAAGUUAUCUAGAGAAGUCAACACUAACCAAAGAAUACAAUUUGAUAUUGACAGGAGUGAUUCUUACGUUCUUACUGGAAACACAACUCAUUCGAUUGGCUUUUAUAAUUUAUGUCGCGUUUUUAAUAAUUUAAACAAUGACGAAUGUUGUUUUAAACCAACCAGAAUGUUUCAAGCGCAUGAAGAUGUAGUUAAUGGUGUUAGUCUUCAUCCGUCAUUGCCGCUAUUGGUUUCAACAUCUGGUCAACGUCAUUUCUUUGUCGAUGACUCUUCAGAUUCUGAUUCUAGUGGAGAUACACCGACUGCUCGUAAAUUUGAUAAUUCUAUGAGGAUAUGGAUUAUUUGAUAACUUGACAAAUUCAAACUGCUUCUAAGGCAUUUAAGUUUUCUUUGCUCUUAAUUGCUUAUUGUCAUAUCGUUUUUUUAACUGGUAUUAUUCAGCUUGGCUUUGCUAACUGGUAUUAUUCAGCUGGGCUUUGAUUGUUAUCAAUCUUAAAAUAUCAACUUGGUAAAAAUAAAACUACCAAUUUCUUAUUUGUUCACUAUUCUAUAAAAAAGGUGUUUGAUUUGUAAAGUGGUUAGCUACAAUUUUCUGCAAUUAAAAAAAUACCAUAAAGCUUAAUUAGAAAAAUUAUAGAUGUAUUUUUAUGUGUAAAAAGUUCUAAAACAGUUCAUCAUCCACAAUUUUCUAAAAAAUUGUGGAUGAUGAACCAAUUUUCGUUUGAAGCGCCAUAUUUUUAUAAUAAAUGGUUUAUAGAUUAUUUGGUUUUAAUUUUUAAAUCAAUCUAUCUUGCAAACUAAUCAAUGCGUACGUUGUGUUAGAACUAAUGUGUGUAUUUAUUUGUCCACGUUCUAACGCAAAUAUAUUUAUUUGUCUACUUUCUAACGUAAAUAUAUUUAUUUGGUUUUUACUAAA